AGUGCGGAAGGUUGUUCAGUAGCCGCUCAAAAAGCCGCGUACGUAAACUUUCGCAAAACUUUAUCAAACUAACUUUUGCACGUUAACUUACGAUGCUUCUCUGCGACAGAUAAAUGAUGAAGGCUGCAAUUGUAGUCGCUUUGUUCUUUACCAUCUGCUGUGCUUUCAUCGAGCCCGGUUGGGACCAGCAGAACAUAAGACAUGGAAGAUCACGACUCCUGCGGGCCAAUAGGUUCGCUGAUGAGGAGAUGGAGGCAUCUUUUCUGAAUUAUUCGCAAAUGGUCAAAGAUGAUGAGAAGAUAAAGAUCAGCCACGUUAGACGGGUCACAGUCGACGCGAAUUUCAGUAGCACCACCAAUAGUAGCUGGCAGCAUAUAGAUAGAGGUGUCCUGUACAUGGGUGAUAAAGCGCUCAACCACAAGGACGACGAUGGGUUUGAGGCAAUGCCCAAUGAUACCAAUGAUGACGAUCAAGAUGAUCAGGACGAGAAAGUCGAGAUCGUCCGCGGACACGUUGAUAUCGUCACGCGGUUCUUGAGAAUAGUAGAAUCGCAACAUUUGCUUGGAGAGAACUGCACGGCCGGCACUGAUUUGAAUCUGGGCGAAGGGGUUGUCGAUCGUUAUGCUCAAGAACGAUUUCGAGUGGAGGCUGAUGUGGCCGUAAACAGGGCGAAUAUGUUGACGCGGCUUUGGAAGUAUGCAGAUCACAACGUCGUCUUAUCCGAAUAUCUUCUGCACGCGUCCGUCUUCUCGAUGGUCGAGUUCGACAACGACAUCUUCGCCGCCGGAAACUGCUACGACCAGUACCAGUACAAGGACUACUGGCUCUUCUGCCCCUACGCCUACCGUUUAUCCGAAGGAACCAUCCUCGUGAAAGACCUGGCCGUUGAGUACAAGUACCUGAGCAACACCUCCGAGUGGUUCUACAUCGCGCGGAAGAACGCCGAGAACGUCAUCAGGAACUACAACCAAUUCAGCAAAGG